UUUAGCCUUUAUUGCGCUAUUUAAGACAAGCUAGUUCCAUUAGCACUUCACUUCAAAUUCUAAACUAGUUCACUUUUCUCCUUAACAAAUUUUCAUGGCUCGUUCAAUUUCUUUGGUCUCCACCAUCUUUGUCUUCCUUCUCAUUCUUGUGGCCACUGGGCCAAGUAUGGUGGCAGAGGCAAGAGAUUGUGAGUCUAAAAGUCACAAGUUCAAAGGAAAAUGUUUUAGUGAUACCAACUGUGCUUCUGUGUGCAAAACAGAACAUUUCCCUGGUGGACACUGCCGUGGAUUCCGUCAAAGAUGCUUUUGCACUACACACUGUUGAUGAAACAAAGAUGAUGGAUCCAUCACCUUUUUCUACGUGUGUAUGUUUUGAAUAAAGCUAUAGUUAGCUACCCAUUUUGUUAUGGGUUUUUUUUUUGUCUUUUUUUCUUUGUAUCUUGUUAUAGAUCUUUUGAUCUUACAUGUGGAAAUGAAUAAUUUCACAUGUGUUUGUAUUCGUUCUUUCGGACUGAGAUAUUGUGUCUUAAAUGUCAUGAAUUGAGUUAAUGGUGAAAAUAUGAUAGUCCAUAGUCUUCCAAA